AUGGGUAUGUAUGAAAUUAUCAGUGUCAUCAAAUUUUCCCACUUUAAGUAAAGACAAGUGAUUUAAAUGUGACAUGUAUUUUCUCUCCUAUUUUGACAGAUAAUAUAAAUGUGAUUGAGAAUAACCUGACCUUUAAUCUUGACUGAGUCUUUUCAGAGAAUAACUGAGUUUUUCUUGUUUCCUGCAGGUGUAAACUGUGAAGAUCUCACUCCAGCUCAAAAUGAAGAGUCCAGUUUAGAGGGCAGCUCUGUUACUCUGUCCUACAAUUACUCCAAACUAUCAACUGGUGAUUAUUUCUACUGGUAUCGUCAAUAUCCAGGAAAACAACCAGAGUACCUCAUUCAUCACCUCGCUUCAGGAGAAAUAAUGAAAGCAGCUAAAUCUGGAUUAAAGAUUAAAGUGGAGCAAAAACAAAUCAACAUGACCAUCUCCUCUGCUGCAGUGACUGACUCUGCUGUGUACUACUGUGCUCUGCAGCCCACAGUGACAGGAAACACCAAAACUCUCUACAAAAACUCAGGCUGACACACUGACAUGCUGCUGAAAGCUUAUACUAACAUAGUUGACUUUGUCCUUUUACCUCCACUAGAGGGCCACAUCAUCUCAUAGGUGAUGCACUAGCUCAACACUGAGUUCAGCCAUUCUGUCAAUAUGAAGUGCUGCUGAGAAGAAAAGUUUAGUCAGACUGACAGACUGAGCAACUUCAGCUGGUUCCUCCUGUUGAUUUAAUCCUUGUUGUAGAGAUGGAUCAUUGGCUGUGGAUCAUUCUGGCUGCUCUUUUCUUUGGUAAGAAAACUCAACAUGUUUCCUCUCAACACUCUUUCUACACAGUUACACAUGAACGGAUCUUUAUUUGGCUUCUGCAAAUUUACACUGAAACCUACUGAUGGUUCUCCUACAGUCUCCUGAGUUUAUUGAUCAUCUUUUCUUCUGCUUGUUUUCUUCUUCCUCAGAGUGUAAAGGAGAAGACUCAGUGACCCAGACAGAGGGAGAAAUCUAUGCUUUUGAAGGACACACAGUUACACUCAACUGUACAUUUGAGACAAGUUAUGGGAAUCCCACUUUGUUCUGGUAUCGACAGGAUCUUCAGAAUUCCCCAAAGUACAUGCUGAAAUCUUACUAUGGAACAGUUGAAAAUGCACCAGAGUUCAGCAAAGACAGAUUUAUAGCUGCAACAAAUGAGAAACUAUUUCCUCUGAAGAUCCAGAACCUUCAUCUGUCUGACUCUGCUGUGUACUACUGUGCUCUGAGGCCCACAGUGACAGGAAACACCAAAACUCUCUACAAAAACCAUUGA